AUGCUUAAAAAGCAAUGGGGAUGGGAUAAGUAUAUUCGCGGCACGGUUGCUGGCCAUAAUAUCGUAAAACGAAAGAGCCGCCCCAAGCGACAGACGCUAGAACUCGGUCAGAAUAGCGUCCCGGGGAGGCUACGAGAAGAUCCUCUACCUAGCUUCCAAGGGCAGCAUAACGGAGGGCAAGAGAACACGAGUUCCUCCAGUCAGCCUUUUCAAAACAUGGCAGACACUCAAGCGGCCCGGAAUACAGAAUCUCCGCCUUUAGAAUCCAACGAUAUAAUCGAUGAGCGUACAUGGCCUUACAUUGAAGGCAGCCCACAGUGGUGGAGAGAGGGAAAAAUUGAUCCCUAUGAUGGGCAUGUUACCUCCAGAUGGAAUUAUUUAGGAUGCUUUUUGCUGUCACCAACUAGCUCGGGCACCGUUUGCAAUUGCCCGAAUUUUUCUAGCCCCUGGAAUCGCUUUCGAUACUUUAGUCUCCCCGAAAAGCUGCGGCUCCUUAAAACCUUUAGCAUUAUGAGCUGUAUGGGAGAAUACCAUAGGACUGGGUAUGGGAAAGAUAUGCUGCGGGUCCUAUACACUGUACUCGGCACAAUAGAGGUAUACUAUGGACAAUAUAGUGUGGACACAGACAGUUUUGGCAAAGGGAUGAGGUGGAGUUUGGACCUCAUCAGAAGAACUCAGCGCCGCGUUGAGCGAAUGGGCCAAUUAGUUUUAAGGUACCCAGCAAGAUACCCCCUGGAUAUCAUUCGUUUAGGGCAUUUGUCCUUAACACUGGUCUUACCCACUUUGACAUUUAUAUUUCGUGGGGAAGAGUUCAUCGCCUUGAUCGAAAAGACAGCCUCACUGUUUUGGUGUAUGCUUCGUGUGGUGGGGGAAGGGUGGAGAUCAUCUCUCCGCCAGCAGGCACUAGAAGGGGGUAUUGGGGGGCACGAUCAUCUAAAUAGUCUGCUUGAUGAAAUAGGCCAACCUCAAGGUGGAUCGUUUGCUUUACAUUGGGACCGAUAUAUAUCCCUUGUUCUCCAAACUAAUCUUGGACUAUACGAAAACCAAAGAACUGACGAACUGCGACAAAGUCAGACCGCCUUUAACCUUAGGCAACUCGGGACCGAAAUUCUAUCCGGGCAGGUUCCAUUCGGGAAACUACACCUGCUUGUUGAAACUAGUGCCCAUCUAUUCGAAUUGGGUACAGGACAAAGCCCCAGUUGUUCAAUAAGCUUGGAUGCCUUUGUUAAGCUCUGGCCAAAAGAUCUACAGCUCGAGGAACCACAAUCAAACCCUCUCGAGUUGAAGAUACCGUUACGAAGAAGCCCUGGCGGCAAGCCUGGGGCACGAGCAUUGGUAACCACGAAAUUUGCGGAAACAACAAAGCUGCUCGCCGGCAGCUGCCAAAAAAGAGGUGAUCCACAAAUCGCCGUCGAUAUAUACUACGUGUUUCAUCGAAUACUAGUUGAUGUCGAUACGGAUUUGUAUAUCUACGCUCUCCAGACUGGACCCACGAGUACCAUUUUAUCUAGCAUUUCUAUGCUCCUAAUUGAGGGAAAUAUGCGAGGUGAGGAGGUAGGUUUUUGGGGAACGCAUUUCGAUAUUGUUAUGGGCCUCCAUAGCCCCACCUGGUGGUUUCGUGGAUUUAGCCAGCGUGAAACUAAGAGAGAUUUCAUUACCGCCUUUUCAAUACUUUUCAAAUUAUCGACUCAAGAUCCUAGAAUAAAUAGGCACCAAGAAGACAACAAUCGGCUUAGGAAACGGUUGACUGAAACCUGGGAUUGUAGAGUCCUAGAAAUACCUUGGCCAUGGUACCACGAGAGUUCAUUAGGAUUAAAUCACCAUAACUUUCUAAGUCCAAACGAUCUAGUGCUGUGA